AUGUUCCGAACGGGUAGUGGUGUGAUAUCGUUGCUCCUGUUGCUUGGAGCGGUGCUUCAACCGGCCGCUGCGCUCAUUAGUCUCAGCAACAUUACAAGCCUUCUCUACGACGCCAAGGAGAUCAAUUAUGGACGGCACACGCUGCUCGACUCGUACGACUUCAUCAUAGUCGGUGCGGGUCCUGCAGGAUGCGUGUUGGCCAAUCGACUCUCGGAAGAUCCGACCGUGACGGUGCUGUUGCUCGACAUCGGCAAGGGUGAGAUCCCGCUCAUCACGGAUUCCCCCCUCGUCGGGCCCAUACUAGCCUCAACCGAUUACAACUUUGGCUACGAGACGGAAAAACAGCAGAAUGGAUGUCUUGGACUACGGGGAGGUCGUUGCAGUUGGGCGCACGGGCGGGGUAUUGGUGGAUCGUCCAUCAUAAACAAUGUGAUCUUUACGCGCGGUAAUCGACGCGAUUACGACGGAUGGGCCCGUGCGGGUAACGAGGGUUGGAGUUGGGACGACGUGUUGCCGUUGUUUAAGCGCAUCGAAACUGCCAACAUUCGUGACUUUGGUGCUAAUGGGUUCCACGGUACCAAUGGCCGACUGUCCGUGGAAGACUGUCCGUUCAGAUCGGAUAUCGCGCGGGCUUUUGUGAGGAGUGCCGAGGCGGCUGGCUACCGCUAUCUCGACUACAAUGCCGGAGAUAAUUUGGGUGUGUCGUUCCUGCAAGCCCACACCCGUAACGGGCGCCGUGCUACGGGAGGUAACAGCUACCUGCGGGACAUAGUGGACCGGCCAAAUCUGCACAUCAUUACGCGUGCCUGGGUCACCAAGAUUCUAAUCGAUCCUGAUACAAACACCGCCACAGGGGUACGGCUGCUGCAUCAACGUCAAUAUCACGAGGUAGACGCAGACCGGGAAGUGAUUCUCUCUGCGGGAGCGUUCGAGAGUCCCAAGCUUCUGAUGCUUUCGGGCGUGGGACCCGCAAAGCAUCUUCGACAGCAUGGUAUCAAGCUUCUGCACGAUCUGCCGGUCGGUCGCAAGGUGUACGAACAUGGCGGUGUUUUUGGGCCAGUGUUCAUCGUGCGUGAACCAACCGAUAACCUCGUUAGUUUCGACCAGCUGGCUAACGUAGGCGAGAUCAUGCGCUUCCGCAACGGUUCUGGUCCGCUCACAACGAACUCGGUCGAGAGCCUGCUGUACGUGAAGUCACCGUUUGCCGAAGAUCCCGACCCAGACUAUCCGGAUGUGGAGGUGAUGCAGGCAUUCACCUCGUUCAGCUUUGACACUUCGCCCGGAUCGCGAAACGCGUACUAUCUCACCGAUCGGAUGUACAACGAAUACUUCCGUCCGUUGGCCAACACGCGAAACUAUAUGUUUCUCCCAAUGUUGCUAAAGCCAAGGGCGGUGGGACGUGUUGAGCUGAAGUCCUCGAACCCGUUCAACCAUCCAAUGUUCCGGUACCAGUACUUCGAGGAUGAUCGUGAUGUGGAUGCGAUCGUGUACGCCAUUAGGGAGGUGAUUCGCAUCAACACGCAAGCACCGCUACGCAAAUUGGGCGUAGAACUUUACUCCCGCAAAGUGCCCGGAUGUCAGUACAUGCCGUUCAAUACGAUCGACUAUUGGAGAUGUCACGUACGACACCUGACGGCGACAUUCCAACAUCAGGUGGCCACAUGUAAAAUGGGACCUCCGGAAGACCCGGAAGCCGUCGUUGAUAAUCGGCUGCGCGUGUAUGGUAUCAAACGAUUGCGAGUGGCCGAUGUGGGUAUUAUUCCGGAAUCACCAACCGGACAUACCAGUGCGCACAGUUUUCUUAUCGGUGAAAAAGCUGCCGAACUAAUCAAGGAGGACCAACGACUACAUUAG